UACCAUGCUGUAAUCUCGCAUUUCCUACUCUCGUUUGUGUUUAUAUUUUUCAAACGGGACAUUUUCCACGACGUGAGGUUUCAGCGUGCAGAGAAUCGACCACAAUAAAUCUGAGAGAGCUGUUUUAUCCUCUGCAGUCACCUGGAGAUCUAUGAGCUGUUCUCUGUCACACGACCCACCAACACGUCCCCCGCCUUGUGGUCCUUAUCUCAGGUGUGACAGGAUGUCCGUGUGGCAGCAGGAGCCGUCGGGUUAUUCCCCCUGCCUUGAGAUCGACUCCAGCUCCGUGAGGUGCAAAGACAGGCUCGCCUCUCCGGCCUGGCUGAAGCAGGAGCAGGAUGAACUCUGCAUCAUCAAGUGGGAGAGUCUCCAAACGGGAACGUCCACUGACGCCGUCCAGGACAACACACCCAGCAGCGCCAUGCCAGCAGCCUCACAUGCAGAGAGCCUCCCACCAAAGGUGCUGCUGACCAUCACUAAGCUCCAGUGCAUGCUGGAGAGCAAACAGGAGCGCAUCGCCGCUCUGGAGAGACAGGUGGAUGACCUGAUUCAGGACCGCAAGUUCCUGAGGAGCCAGUUAGAAAACCUCACAAGCAACCGUGCCAUGCAUGCGUUUGCAUCGCCCAGUCCAGUGACAGAAGCUCCGAAAUCCAGCAAAAUGCAGCACUCAGAAAACAAAUCCCGUAAGAGAGAACAAGUUUCCUGCAGUUCCUCUGACAGCAGCAAAAGUCACUCUGAAGCGUCAGAGUCUUCAGAAAUGUCUGCGGCCUCGAGUGAACACAAGAGGAGAAAACACCACAAAGACAAGAAAAGGUCAAAGAAAGGGAAGGACUACAGCAGGAAGAGAGCCACCGGUGUCCAGUACGUCAUCCACCGCUACAAACAAGUCCUGUCAGCCUUCAUCAAAAAGAAAAACAUGAGCGAAGCUUUCCGCCGUCUAGGAAUCGACCGGAACACCAUCGCCAACACGGCGUCCAUCGCUGAGCUACACCUGGCCGGUAAAGACAUGGUGCCCCUGGUGGGCACGUUUCGUCAAGGAGAAGAGACUUUGGUCAGCUACGCCCAAAGGUGCACCCUGGUCAUCGACAGCGACCCCGAUCUGGCGAGGAGAAUAGACCAGAUGAAAGCGAACUGCGAGCUUCUACCCAUCUCGGGGAAAAGGCAGAGGCUGUUGCAUUCUCACAUGCAGCCACUAGUGGGCCCUGCAGAGAGCAUUUUGAUAGGUUGAUGAUUAUUUCAUUUUGUGGGUUCAAAAAAUGCUGUUCAUUUGUUCUUCCCCUGAUCUGAACUGCUGGAUUCAAAUAUUCUAUGUAGCAUUUUUUUCAUAAAUAUAUAUAAAGUUGAUCAUUUUUUCUUAAGGGGAACCAAAAUGUAUAUUAUGUUCACUUUUAGGUUGUAUAUUUUAUACCUGAUAGAUAUUUAAAAAAAAAAGUCACAGCUGCUCUCACCAAUUUAGGUUGUUUUUUUUAAAUAUUAUUUAAUACAUGUAGUGUAAGAAACUGCCCACAAGAUGGCAGCACUCACACAUAAGAUCAUUUUUUGUCAAAACUCUCCUCUUGUCUUUCACUCCAAAAUGGUGGAAAGUCAAUUUCUAUUUUUUACAGUGCCCGGGCUCUGAUGGAGAAAUAACUUUCAUGUUCAUUGACUUUAUGUAAUAACUUGGCUUGACUGUCCUGUCAUACAUCAAAUGUAAAAACUGCAUUUAAGUUAAGUUGUUUCAAAGUGUGUCAUGUUGUUUCUGAAACUGCCGACAAAUGAAAAUGAAAACUGUUUGAUAAUA